AGAGGAGGAGGAGCUAGAGGAGGAGGAGCUAGAGGAGGAGGUACUAAAGGAGGAGGUUCUAGAGGAUGAGGAGCCGGUGUCCCAGAAGUCCUCUUCAACAGCUGUUAUCUAAUUGGUCCCUUGGGGGGCGGGUCACAUCACAACCGUCCUGCUCCCAGCCAAUCAGAGGCCUCGGCAGCAGUGCACCGGGACCCCUGGGGUCCUUGUUUACGGGUGUCGAGACGUUGCCGUGGGCGACCGGGAGCCACGCCCCAUGGUCCCAGGUGUGAGUGGAGGGUGAAACACCUGACAUCAGGUAGCACAGCAUCACACGGAGACCAGCAGGAGAGAGGGCGAUGAUGACCUCAGCAGACCGGUCCCUGGAGGACAUCCUGUACGGCCGGCAGCCGCACGGCAACGGCCCGGAGACGGGCGGCUGCCGUGGCGAUGGAGACGCAACCCAAAACGUUUGUCAACAGCGGGCCACACCCUCCCACGAUGGACACGCCCCCUCCUUGCAGGAGCCAAUCCUGUGUGCGGGUUGUGGCGGGCGGGUCGUGGAGCGCUUCUUCCUAUUGGCCGCGGGCCGGGCGUGGCACGGCGCCUGCCUGCGCUGCUGCCAAUGCCAUCGAGAGCUGGAGACAAGCCCCUCCCUCUACUGGAGGGGCGGCAACACCUACUGCCAGCAGGACUAUUGCAGGCUGUUUGUGAUAGGUCGAUGCGCUCGCUGCCAGCAGCCAAUCCCGUCGACCGCUAUGGUGAUGCGCUCGGGAGAGUUGACCUUUCACCCCCACUGCUUCUCCUGCCAGGAAUGUGACAUCACUCUGCUGCCUGGCAACCUCUACUUCCUUCAGGGGCGGAGCCUUUACUGUCAGUCCCAUUACCAUGGCAAUACACCCCAUAACACUGCAAGUGGAAAAGAAGGGGAGGAGUCUGCCAGCAGCCCAGAGUCGCGAUUGGAUGACAGGGGGGAGUCGGUGGCCGGGGGGCGUGUCCGCCGGCAGAACAAGCGAAUCAGGACGUGCUUCCGCAGCGAGCAGCUCCGAGCGCUGGAGUCCUACUUCGCCCAGAAGCACAACCCGGACGGGAAGGACUGGACCUGUCUGGCCCACAAGACAGGCCUGCCCAAGAGGGUCCUCCAGGUGUGGUUCCAGAAUGCCCGAGCCAAGAUGAGGCGCUCCGUCUCCGUUGACGACUCGCCAACCGCCUCCAGGGCCGAAACCGUGGCAACCAGCCCCCCCUCCCUCUCCCGCUCCCCCCUCUACUCCACCAGCACCAUCGACCAAUCACAGCUCUCCCUGCUAACCAACCCGCUUGACGUCCCACCCCCCGCUGACCAAUCAGGGGGUUCCAACCACUCCUUCCUCCUGGACUACAACUCCCAGGGUGCACCGGGGUGGACCUCGCCUCUUGGGCGCUUCCAGGAAGGAGACGAACCAAUGGGGAGAGAGGGAUUGUGUGAUGACACCUUGAGACACUUCUACAGUUAGACUCAUGGGUGGAGGCCUCACCCCUGACUCCACCCUCUGUGACUCAUGGGUGGAGGCCUCACCCCUCCACCCGCUGUGACCCCCGGGUGGAGGCCUCACCCCUCCACCCGCUGUGACUCAGGGUGGAGGCCUCACACCCUGACUCCACCCACUGUGACUCAGGGUGGAGGCCUCACCCCUGACUCCACCCGCUGUGACUCAGGGUGGAGGCCUCACCCCUCCACCCGCUGUGACUCAGGGUGGAGGCCUCACACCCUGACUCCACCCUCUGUGACCCCCGGGUGGAGGCCUCACCCCUGACUCCACCCGCUGUGACUCAGGGUGGAGGCCUCACCCCUGACUCCACCCGCUGUGACCCCCGGGUGGAGGCCUCACCCCUGACUCCACCCGCUGUGACCCCCGGGUGGAGGCCUCACCCCUGACUCCACCCGCUGUGACCACACUCUGGGACUCAGGGUUCAGUGGUGAUUCUCUGGUUCAUCACAAGUUUGAUUUGUGUGUGUGUGUGUGUGUGUGUGUGUGUGUGUGUGUGUGUGUGUGUGUGUGUGUGUGUGUGUGUGUGU